AUGGAGAAAAGUAUUUGCUCAACACCGCCCAAAUCUAAAGCCAUGAAAAGAGAGUUUGAUGCUUCAGAUAAUGAAAAGAGAUAUCAGGAUAACUUAAAGAGUGUGAAGAAGAGUCUAUUCUCAGCCAUUGAACAUAGAGAUCACGUGGCCUUCGCCAAAAUCAUUGAGACACAGAUCCACGUGACAACGUGCAGUGGCAGAAAGAUUAUCCAGAAGGUUUUCAUGAAAGCUUGUCAUGCAGGCGACAUAAACAUCGUCCGAUUUCUGCUCCGUAAAGGAGCUGACGUCAACGAGGCGUCCAGCGAUGACAUCUCGCCUCUCAUGGCUGCUGUUCUGUCUAACUCUUUCGAUACUGUUGAAUUCUUACUUGAAUGUAGAGCUACAGUCAAAACUCAAAUAAAACCUACACAAGACAGUGUACUACAUAUGGCACUGAAGAGAGGAUUUCGCCAUAGCAAUGUCUUAGGUUCAGAAAAAUGGGACCCUAAAUUUUUUAUUGACACCAAAAUAAUCAAACUUUUAAUUGACAACGGAGCUUUAGUUAAUCAGAAAUGUGCAGAUGGUUACCUGCCCUUGUCACUUGCUGCCUCUUCCAACAGGGAUGCAGUCAUCACUCACCUCAUUAAGAAAGGCGCUGAUGUCAAUGGCGUGGACAGUAAGUAUGGGAUGACUCCCUUGAUGUACGCAGCUAUUGCAGGCAAUGUCUACACCAUGAGACAGCUGCUAAAGUAUAACGCAGAUUUGGACAUUACAGACAAAUGGGACUAUUCGGCUCUCAUGUUGGCUGCUCAGUUCAAAAAGUAUUUAGUUGUCUUAGCAUUAAUUGAAGAGGGCGCUGAUGUCAACAAGGUCAGUGGCUUUGACGGAAAGAGCGCCCUAAUUUUGGCUACAGAGUGUAAUUGUUGUGACACAAUUAAUAUUCUACUGGAACUCGGCGCAGACGUGAACUACAGAAAGCCAAUCCACAAUCGUGGGACGACUGCAUUGAUGAUAGCCGCCAAAAAUGGUUUCAAAGAUGCUGUUGACACUUUACUCUACUACAAUGCAGAUGUUGACCUGAGAGACGAGGAUGGAAAGACAGCUGUGUGUUUGUGUUCAGAUGAUGAGAUUGUUGAAAUGAUAAACAUGUCACAAUAG